AUGGCCGAUCAAUGCCAGUUUACAUUGAUUGGUGCGUGGGAGAACGAAGAAGCGUUCGAAGAUCAUCUACAAUCGGAUCAUUAUCGGAAAGCCGAUUCAUCGAUGAAAGACGAUGUAUCUAAAACGACUGAAGUGAAACGAUAUAAAUACAUUCAAACCGAUCCGAGUAAAAUGGCCGAUACAAAAAGUAGUGGCUUCUGUGUUUUAAUCUAA